AUGCAAGAGCGCAGAUAUCCCAGGGCCCUGGGACAUGUGAAUGUUUCAUCUCAGCAUCAUAAGAAAUACCCUCUGUACAUGAUGCAGCUGUACCGCUCCUUCAGGAACAUGGAUUCCUUACUAUCUUUGAGUGUCAAUGCCGUAGGCACACGCAGUGACCAAGCUUCACCGCACAGCUCCGAUUCUGUCUUGAGUCUGAUGGCAAAGGGUUGCCAUCAAGUAGGUGACAAAUGGACAGUUACGUUUGACAUGUCAUCCAUCUCUGCCAGUGACCUCAUCAAACUGGCAGAGCUUCGGCUCAGGCUGCCAGUGUUCACCACCUCUGAGCACGUCACUGUGGACUUAUAUCACUCCCAAAAGAACAACUGUGAGUUGGCCAAUGCCCUCUGCCAGGAAGAACGCCUUUUCUUGGGAAGCUUUGGCGCAUUUCCCAGCAGCACAGCCUCUUCUUGGAAGGUUUUUAAUGUGACUACUCUUCUGAAAUACUGGCUCUAUCAGGGAGAUGGAGUGAUGGGUCAAGAGGCUGCUGCACAGUACACACUACAGACAGAUGACGGGAGCGGGUCUGGGGAUGACGGGGAGAUGCUUGGAGAGUCCCUUUUGAAGCAUCCAGAAAAGAGGCAAAAGAAGAAAGACUAUCCAACUGUUGACCAGGUCAUGAUGGUCAUCUUCUCCAAACAUAACCAACUUCAGGAAGGCCACGGAGCACGCAGCCUGAUCCGUACUGCAGAGCACUCAAAAUAUGUCACAACACACAAAGAAAGCAGCGACAUCCAAGGCCGACGCCGCAAGAGGAACCGACUGGAGAGGAUCCGGCCGGCUGAUGGAAUUGCUGCUACUGGAUCACCGGCAGAGGCGAUCCACCGGCCCCUUUGUCGCAAAGUAGACAUGUGGGUGGACUUUGACCAAAUUGGCUGGGAUGAGUGGAUUGUGUACCCUAAACGUUAUAAUGCCUAUCGCUGUGAGGGAGAGUGCCCUACACCGGUGGAUGAAUCCUUCCACCCUACCAACCACGCAUACAUGCAGAGCCUCCUUCGACUCCACCAUCCACAAAGGGUGUCUUGUCCCUCCUGUGUGCCCACACGGCUCAGCCCACUCUCCAUGCUGUACUAUGAGAAUGAUGAUGUGGUCCUUCGUCAUCACGAGGAUAUGAUCGUCGAAGAAUGUGGAUGUCACUGAUGCCCCAAUGUCACUUGGCCUGCUGGUUCAACUGCAACCAUGAGAGCAACCAUAUAUUGUAAACGUUUGAUUGAAAUUGACAGUUUCAGCUGUUUAAUUUCCAUCUUCAUGUAAACAUGGACACUCAAAUGUAAAACUGUGAGGUUCUGUUCAUGAGCUCACUGAAAAAAAGUGAAUAUGAUUAUGAUGAAAUUGAAGAAAGGACAU